UCAAUUGAAACAUAAUGAAAAUAGGUUUUCAUAAAUCAUUCAAGGUAAAAUAAAACAUAACGCGAGAAACGUUGACUACGUACGUAUGCAUUCCGUCAAAUGCUUCUCCGUAUUCUCGUUGAAAUAAAAUGCCCACUUAAUAAUUAAUUUAAACUAUUUGAAACCAAUGAUGAGACGACACGUGGAGGGGAGUAGCGCGGCGGCUGCAACCCGCAUCGCAGCCAAAUUUCGCCCAACAAUAAGGGACCAUUUGGUUUUGGUGAUAGUUAAAUUGAUGCAUUGUCAUCAAUGCAUGCAUCAUAAUAUACAUGUAUAUACUAAAAAUAGUGUAUUGCAGUUUACAUCGUUUGGAUUCUGUGAUAGUCACUAUAGUUUUUAAAUAAGUUAACUUACUUUUUAAUUGAAAUGUCACUUUUACCUUCUGUUUUUAAUAUGAAAAAAGCAACACACAUAAGAAAGUGGGGAAAUAGUUGGAACAAAAACAAAACCCAGCAAUCUCAACCAAACAUUCUCAACAAACUCACCCAAAAUUUGAGAUUUAACUAUCACUCAUUUUGAGUGAUAGUUUUUGUGUCAAAUCAAGCGAACAAUACUUGUAUUGUUUGUGCGGAAAAAUUCAGAAAAACAAUAUAUUGUAAACAAUGCAUGUAUUGUGACUAUCUCAACCAAACUAUCACCAAAACCAAACCAACCAUAAAUAUCAAUUUUACCCCUAAAAUUUCAUCCAACCAAAAUCCUUUCAUAUUUCCUUCUUCCGUUCAUUACUAUACUCCUUCAUAUUUCCUUUUCCUGUGCGGAAACAAAAUCCUUCCGUCUAUCAAAAGUGGCUCUCCAAUAAUUCUCUAUUUAAACAGCACAGGGCCUUGCUUUGCCGAUACACAAACACCCAUUGAUUUGCUAAUCGCUCGUUUCUUGCAGCACAUAAAUCAUCCCGAGGGAGAGGAAUCGCCACAAUGUCGACAUCGGAGGAGAAGAAAUUGAUCACCCUGAGGAGCAGCGACGGCGAGUCGUUCGAAGUGGAGGAGGCGGUGGCGAUGCAGUCCCAGACGAUCAAGCACAUGAUCGAGGACGACUGCGCCGACAACGGCAUCCCUCUCCCCAACGUCACCGCCAAGAUCCUCGCCAUGGUAAUCGAGUACUGCAAGAACCACCACGGGUCUCCUAAAUCUGACGCCGCCGCUGUGGACGACGGUGGUCUGAAGAAUUGGGACGCGGAUUUCGUGAAGGUCGACCAGGAGACGCUCUUCGACCUAAUUCUGGCGGCCAAUUACCUGAACAUCAAGGAUCUGCUGGAUCUGACCUGCCAGACGGUGGCGGACAUGAUCAAGGACAGGACUCCGGAGGAGAUCAGGAAGCAUUUCAACAUCCCCAACGACUUUACCCCGGAGGAGGAAGAAGAGGUUCGCAGGGAGAACCAGUGGGCUUUUGAGUGAAACGCGCCGUAUUGGGGGCAACAAAAUCUAAGUGAUGAUAGUGGUGGCAGUAUAGAUAGAAGUUAAGUUUUUUUUUUUAUCAGGAGUGGUAGUUGUAUUAGUAAGUAGAAAUCUGAUUUCUUGUAAUGUUUUAGCAGUUUUGUUUGACUUCUGCGUGCGAAACAAUUAUUUAAAUUAGUGAAUGCUUGUAUGAUAUAUGGUUUGAUUUUUCUAUUUACUGGAGGCAUAGAGAUGCCAAAAGAAUUGUGGGAGCUAAAGAAACAAGGUAAAAUUAAAACGAAAAAUGAAGCGGCAGCACAUGAUGCACGAUGAUGAUGGUGAGGAGAGAGAGAGAGAGUUCGGUCGAGAAUGAGAGAGAGAGAGUGGAGAUAUUAGGAUUUGAGAAAUUAGGUUAUGUAUUUGCUUAAUGAGAAAAUAUUAAGGUUGUCAAUUCGGUUUAGUUCGUUGGCCCGGUCGAAUAAGUGGGUUGAGGGUUAAUGGGCCUAACGUUUUAGUCUCGUUUAGUAUGAAUAUAUGAAAAAGUCAUAAUAUUGUUCAUACAUAUAUAAAUUAUGUCAAAUCUCGGUGAAUAAUAGCAUAUAAAAUUACACUGAAAUAACAUGCCGUACUUGGAUCCAACAUUUAAUGAAAAUUUACACACUUAUAUAAAAUCAACAUUCAAAUGUUCAACUUAGAAUUCCAACGAUAGGGUUAGGCAAAGAGAAAAACCGAAAAAAAUAGGCAGCAUUUCACAAACUGAAGGAAAAACGAAACCUUGCGAUCUCCAACCCGAUAACCUUGCAGCGCGUCGACACGGUGAGUGUGUACGAGCCAUUUUUCUUAGCGGAUCAGGGUCAAAACAGACCAACCGGCGAGUCGACCCGCGGGUUGACAACCUCGGAAAUACCUACUAAUUACAAAAUAUAUAACCCGAAUAAUUCCCACUAACUACCCAGAAUAAUAUCUCAUAACAUAAAUAAUCAAAUAAAGCCAAAUGUGGCAAAAAACCACAAAAUAAUAUCCAAAAUUAUCCAAACACAAAUAAAAUUACAAACAAGUCCAAGUCCCGAAAUCACCCCAAAAGUGGGUUUCUAACAAUCCAUCUCUCUCGAAAUCAAUCUUGCCCUCAUUUUGGACCGGCGCUCCCUGGUUCUCAUUGGCCUCCUCUACCACGAGCUCCUCGGUCUCAUCCUCCAAAUUGCCAACGAGAAGCAUCAAGUGAUCCUUGGCGCAUUGGCGCCCAACGAUAUACCUCUCAUCGCAGUUGCCAUUACUUAUUCGGUAUUCCAGGAGCUCUCUACUGCACAUUGAGACAAUAAACCUAUCUAGAUUACACAGUAAUGAGGACCAUUGGCACUAUCUCUCCUCCAUGGACGAGGAGUUUUUUCUGCAUAUUCUUCUUGUGGUUGUGCCAAGAAGCCCGUCCCUGUGCUUCUGCUCCAUCUACACCGGUGUAAGUUUCACGAAACCUCAAGGCACUAAACUGGGGUCCUGUCGCCCGUUUGGUAGCAUUGCAACCGUCGAUGCUGGCAUGGCUCUGGCUAGAUCCGCGGCCAUGACUUUCGUCAUACCGCCAGCUCCUGCAUUCUCGCCAACUUCCUUAUGAACUCAUGCAUUGCUCCCCUUCCAGCUGGUCGGCUCCUCUUUCUUGCACACUGCUAGACGAAAGGCCACCCUCAAGAAACCGGUUUCAAACACCUUAACCACUGCAGCUAACUCCGACCUCAAACCUACAAGACACAGACCAACCAAACUCUCCUCUGCCAUACCCUGUCACAUAUUUCCUAGCCUUAGGAAAUUCAAUCAAAACUCUUCCACAGUGCUUGUCUGCUUCAGCUUAGCUAGCUGCUCUAAAGCCCACCCUUAUGAUUUCUCAAACUUGUAUUGUAACUCUUCCUCGAACCGAUAUAUUUGUUAGACUGGUGUACUCCUAGAGUAUACUAUACUACAAGUACUUUUGGUGAGAUAUCUCUAUUUAGACUAUGAAUGAAACCGAGUUUGAGGU